CCGGCCUCUCCCGGCCUCCCCCGCUCCAGCGCGGUGGUUCCUCCCUGCGCAUGCCAGUUGCUCCUGCGGAGAAGGAGGAACCCUUUUCGCCAUGAGCUCCGAGGACGAGCAGAAGCGGCGCUUGAUCCGCCAGCGGAUUCGGGAUUUCCCGGACUUUCCGUCGCCCGGGGUCCUUUUCCGGGACAUCAGCCCCAUGUUGAAGGACCCCGUGGCAUUCAAAGCAGCGAUCGACCUGCUGGAGUCCUACAUCACAGCCUCCCACAAGAACAUCGACUACAUCGCAGGCCUCGAUUCCCGUGGCUUCCUCUUUGGGCCAGUUUUGGCCCAGAGGUUGGGGGUUGGAUUCCUGCUCAUCCGCAAGAAAGGGAAGCUCCCGGGAGCCACUGAAUCCAUGUCCUAUGCGCUGGAAUACGGCAAGGCGGAACUGGAAGUCCAGAAGGACGCGGUGGAGCCAGGACAGAAAGUCAUCAUAGUUGAUGAUCUGCUGGCAACGGGAGGUACCAUGAGAGCCGCCUGCGAGCUGAUGACAAAGCUGCAGGCCGACAUCUUGGACUGCCUGGUGCUGAUCGAGCUGAGCUUCCUCAAAGGUGUAGAAGCCCUGAAGCCCUUCCCCCUCUACUCGCUCUUGCAAUUCCACUGAGGCCUGGAGUUAGUCCUCCCUGCAACUCCCCUCCUCCACCCUCCAAUUUCCAAAUCCUAAACUUCCCAAGGGGGGGUCGGGGUGCAACUUCUUUGCAUGCUGGCCAAACCUUGAGCAAUCCGGAAAGUGCUGAGUGUGGUUCCUUACAUGGUGAAACGGCGCACCGAGUACUUCCAAGUACGAUUUGGAACCUACACCAAGGGCAGGCAGAGGUCUUUGGCAAUAUAGCCCCGCUGGUUGUAGCUGGAGCGCGUGUGGAUGUGUUCCAGAGAAGGAUGGGCCCGCGGCCUGCAGAAAGCCAGUUGGCUGAGUGGGCCUUAAGCAACCCAGCCACAAAACCAUGUUGACUUCACUCUUAAUGCCCCAGAUUUGAGUUCAGUCGAGCGAAUGUUCCUGGCAUUCCCACUUCGAUUAGGCCAGCUGUAGUAGAGACUCUGUGUGUCCGCCUGCAUAGUUUGGAUUACUUACUAGGGAAGGAGGUGCUUUUUCCUAGCUGCCCUGCAAGGGGAGGGUUGUAUUUUGUGGCUCCUCCUCACUCUACCCUAGACGUCAGCUGGAAGGAAUGAACACUUCUGUAAAACUAUUCGCUAUUAAAGACGCACUGCUCUU